CUGAUCACUAUGACCCGUUCAGUUAUUAUAUUGGUGAUUUGCUUGGUUGGUCUACCGGUUGCUUUUGGUUUGGAGAGCAAGCAUUGGCAAUGGCGCCUAAUCUCGUGUAAAGCUGGUGACUCACCAGUUCAGAAGAAAGAUGCUUCACCAUGUAAAGUGUCCCUGUUAGAAACGGAAAAUGAUCCAAAUCCAAGACCAGCUUCAUUCGAUCCUUGCUUCGAGGAGGAAAUCGAUGGAAAACAACGUAACUAUUGUAAUAUUGUCUGCCCAGGUGCUGACACUGCUUAUCUUAUCAAAAGAAUCCCUCAAAAUCACAGAAGCUGCUUUGGGCAUUUCACUUAUAAAAUUGAGAAAAGAUCUCCAAAUUUCUUUAUUUGGAGGGACGCUAAAUGCCGCUCUUCAAGUGUCGAAUUCCUGAUUCGCUGUGAAUUUCUUUCUGCCAGAAGCUCUUUCCGAUCAGAUGAAGCCAUUUUCGAAGAAGCCAAUCGAAUUGCAACCGAUUUGAGACAAUAAUUAAUAAUUUUAAUUUUAAUUUUUGCAUAACGUAAACUUUCUGUUUCACGUGGGACAUGAAUUAACAACAUUUAAAGUUUGUUAUUACUACUUUUAUUUCAAUUAUCGCAAUGAAUAAAUCACUGAUC